AUGAAUCUUGAAUUCAAGAUGAUCAAUUCUAAUUCAGUACAUCUCUCAUAUCUCCCACUGCCACAUAUUAUGGAACAAGUAGCAAUGUCUUCUCAUAUUCUGAUGGGAGCUUGUUCGGGAUUUCUAACAGAAUCUAUUGAUGGUCUACUGGAUGAUGCUCAUAUUUUGAGACCAACUUUACUGGCUGUAGUUCCACGUGUACUUUCUCGUCUGUACACAAAAUAUCAAAGUGCAUUGGGUGAUUCCGUAGUAAAAAAUCAACUUUAUAAUUACAUUGUGGAGAAAAAAUUAGCUGAACAAAAACGUGGAAAAUUUCAUCAUCGAAGCGUUGUGGACACAAUGUUGUUUGGUAAACUUAGAAAGAAAUUUGGCGGACGUGUGUGUUGCGUAGUAUCCGGGGGCGCACCAUUGUCACCAGAACUCUCAAAGUUUGCACAUGCUGUAUUCAACGUGGUUUUUGAAGGGUAUGGAUCAACCGAAACCAUGGGAUGCGUCACUUUGUCAUCGGUCGGAGAGUACCGUUUAGGUACUGUCGGUGGUGUUGUUUAUGGUGUGGAACUGAAACUUGUGGAUGUCCCAGAUUUUGGUUUGGUUGCAUUACGUGAUGGAAGGGGCGAAAUAUGUGCCAGAGGCGAUCACUGCAGCAAAGGUUAUUUCAAGGAUCCGGUAAAAACUGCCGAACUUAUUGAUAGUGAUGGUUGGAUUCAUACUGGGGAUAUUGGUGAAUGGACUGAAGAAGGUUCACUCAAAAUUGUGGACCGUGUAAAGAGUAUAUUCAAAUUAUCUCAAGGUGAAUAUAUUGCACCUGAAAAAAUAGAAAUGGCUUAUCAAACUUGCAAAUUAAUAAGUCAAGUAUUUGUGGAUGGUAACAGUCAAAAAAAUUACCCAGUUGCGAUUGUAGUUCCAGAUUUUACUGAUUUGCGUUCGGCUCUAAGCAAUAGUAAGGUACUGCAGCAUCAUAAAAAGCUUUUGGAUUCUGAACUCUGUCGAAAUGAAACUGUCAAUAGAUUCGUUUUGGAGGAAAUGAAUGCUAUAGCGACACUAAAACUGUUGAAGGGUUUUGAAAAGGUCCAGGCAAUUUACUUGACAGACGAGGUGUUUACGAUAGACAAUGGCUUAUUGACUCCAACAAUGAAACUAUCACGUAAUAAAGCUCGAAAUUAUUUUUCAAAAACAAUAGUUAGUUUAUACACACAGCAUGAGCUUAAUUCUUCUUCAACUUAA